AUGACAGGACAACAAUCCAUGUAUCAGUUCCUGUUCGAGGGCCCACAAACCCCGAUUGUCUCCUACAGAUUCGCUUCAUCCAUCAGCUCUGUGCUCAAAGCCGAGGGUAUUCCAUGUCUACUAUGGGGUGAUCUAGCGAUGAGGGCUAUGGGAUACCACAGCAUAGCACAAAACCUCGAUCUCAUACUCGAAGACGAGCAUUUGACACGAGCGGCCAACUUUUUCCGCAAUUACGAAUAUGUCCAUGAAUACCCUUACUUCCUACGCUGCGCCUCAGCCACUGCCACGACCCGUGAAUCAGGCCGCCCGACGCCUGUCCACCGCUUUCACGUCUACACCCACCCUGAGAUUACCAUGACGCCAUCCCAAGCUUCACAACGCUCUGGUGCUCAGGGACCAGCAGCAGCAGAACAAGGAGAGAUCCCCCACAUAGACAUAUGCCUCUACUCCAAGCGGUGGUACUUUCCAGGCAAUCCUCCAAUUCCGACUGGAAUCCCUCGACCGACAAAUCUAUCCUACAUGUUGAGCAAUGACGGCCGACUACCCCUGACGGGCUAUCAGCAUGGACAGCCGAACUUCGGCCGCUUUCCGCAGGACAUUGCUCCAGUUAUAAUGGCAAAGCCGGCUCGAUAUAUUGAAACGUUGUUGGUUCUCAGGAUCAACUUCGGUGCUUGGUCGGAACAAACUAGAUGGUGGAGACUGACGCUUGCUCGGAUGACAACCACUGGGUUUGGCAAUGGUCCGGAUGAUGACCCUCAGCCGGUUAUGUUUGGGCCGUUGUAUGAUCCUGAGUGUUUUAGGGAAGAAUUUCAGCGCUGGUGGAAUCUUAUGCGGGCCAGGGAUAUUGAGGCCGUUUUGGCAGAGGAGGAGAAUAUGGGGGUUUUGCUGAGGUCGCCCAGCACGCCUGUUGGAGGGCCGUGGGUUCCUCUUUAG